AUGCGCUCCUCCAGCCUCUCGACUCUCGUCUACCUCGCCGUAGCGGUUCUCGCUUCGCCUACCCCCGCUGACCAAGUCUCUCUCAACGCCCGUGACGUCUGGACUCCUCCCGCCCGCCGGGACGCCUUUGUCAAGCGCGCUCCAGAGCCUGAGGUCGAACAUCGUGACCUCGACCAGCGCUCCCCCUUCACCAUCGAGUUCUCUGCGCGCGCUCCCGCUGAGGGCACCGUCACCUUCUCCAAGAAGGCCUCCGGAGACGGCCUCAAUGCCCGCUACCCGUUCUUUGUCAAGUACGACGGUAACCUUGAGGCGAGCGACAUCGAGGAGCUCGAGGCGAGGAAGGCCGACCUCGAGAGGUGUGAGGCUGAGCUCGCCGCUCGUGAGGCUGAGGAGAACACUAAGCGCGACGCUGCGGAGCAGGCCGCCAAGCGUGAGGCCGAGGAGGUUGCCAAGCGCGAGGCGGCGGCCAUCGCCGAGCGCGAGGAGCGAGCGAUCAAGAAGCGUCAGGCUCUCGAUGACAUCGAGGCUCGCGAGGCUGCUCUCGAGGCCGCUAAGCGCGACUUCGAGGAGCUUCAUAUGGGUGGAACUGAGGCGCUCGACAUGCACGACUUCGUGGAUGGAUCAGUCCACUUCGCCAAGCGUGAGCCUCAGUUCAACCUCGCCAGCCUCCUCAGCAGCUUUGGAAACGGCACUUCCAAUGGCAACACGGGUUCGACCACCGGUGCCGGUGGUCUCGGUCGCUUCGGUGGCGGGGCUGCCGGUGCCCGCCUCGCUGCUGUGAGCCAACUCCUCAGAGGCUUCGGUUUCAACUUUCGUCGCGAUGAGGGGUUGACCAUGCGGGACCUUGAGGAGGAAUCAUCUCCCUUCACGAAGCGUCAGUUCAACCUUGCCAGCCUCCUCAGCAGCUUCGGGAACGGCACCGCCAAUGGCAACACGGGCUCGACUACCGCCGCCGGCGGUCUCGGUCGCUUCGGCGGGGGGGCCGCCAGUGCCCGCCUCGCUGCUGUGAGCCAACUCCUCAGCAGUCUCGGUUUCAACUUCCGUCGCGAUGAGGAGGAGUUGAUCAUGCGUGACCUUGAGGAGGAAUCGUCUUCCUUCACGAAGCGUCAGUUCAACCUUGCCAGCCUCCUCAGCAGCUUCGGAAACGGCACUGCCAAUGGCAACACGGGCUCGACCACCGGUGCCGGUGGCCUCGGUCGCUUCGGUGGCGGGGCCGCCGGUGCCCGACUCGCUGCUGUGAGCCAACUCCUCAGCAACCUCGGUUUCAACUUCCGUCGUGACGAGGAGGAGUUGAUCAUGCGCGAUCUCGAUGAUGAGCUGUCGUCCUUCGCGAAGCGCGACCCGCAGUUCAACCUCGCCAGCCUCCUCAGCAGCUUCGGAAAUGGAACUACCAACGGCAACACUGGCUCAACCACCUCUAACGCCGGCGGUCUCGGUCGUUUGAACGCGCUCACUAGUGGCCGUCUCGGCCAACUCGGUGGCGGCAACCUGAACAGCAUCCUCAGCGGCCUCGGGUUCAACCUCCGUCGCGACGCGCCUGAGGUCGUCGGACCCGCUCCUAUGCCCCUUCCCUUCAGCUUCAAGCAGGACUCGUCCGCACCGGCCAAAGUUACGAAGCGCGAUCCGUUCGGUCUUGAUGCUUUCGUCCAGUCAAGGCGCAGCAACUGA